AUGAAACCCUAUGAAUAUAUUCAAAGUGAUAAAGCAUGUCAAAGUCUUCAUCAAGUACAUAGAUCUCAUACCAGAGAAAAAAAGCAUGGAUAUCAUCAAUGUGGUAAAACCUUUACAUGUCCCAGUUAUCUUCAAAACCAUGAAAGGAGUCAUUGUGGAGAGAAACUCUGUGAAUGUAAUGAAUGUGGUAAAGCCUUUAUGUGUAAUAGUCAUCUUCAAAUUCAUGAAAAAUUCCAUACUGGAGAGAAAUCCUAUGAAUGUAAUCAAUGUGGUAUGGUCUUUGCAUAUAAAAGUUUGCUUUAUAGGCAUGAAAGGCGUCAUACUGGAGAGAAACCCUACGAAUGUAAUCAGUGUGGUAAAGCCUUUGCAUAUAAAGGUGUUCUUCACAGGCAUGAAAGACGACAUACUGGAGAGAAACCCUAUGUCUGUAAGCAAUGUCAUAAGUCCUUUGCAGAAAAGAGUGCUCUUCACCGGCAUGAAAGAAUUCACACUGGAGAGAAACCCUUUGAAUGUAAUCAAUGUGGUAAAGCUUUUGCAGAUGAUAGUUCUUUUCACCGACAUAAAAUAAUUCAUACUGGAGAGAAACCCUAUGAAUGUAAUCAAUGUGGUAAAGCCUUUACACGUAAAAGCGAUUGUCAAAUUCAUGAAAGAAUUCAUACUGGAGAGAAACCCUUUGAAUGUAAUGAAUGUGGUAAACCCUUUGCAUGUAACAGUGAUCUUCGGAAACAUGAAAGAAGUCAUAGUGAAGAGAAACCCUAUUAAUGUAAAGCUUUUGCACAAAACAGUAGUCUUCAGAAACAUGAAAGAUUUCAUACUGGAGAGAAACCCUAACAAUGUAAUCAAUGUGGAUAAACCUUUUCACAGAAGUGUUGUCUUUUGAGUCAUGAAAGAAAUCAGGUGGACUAAAACCAUAUGAACAUAAUCGAUGCCCUAGCUGCAUCUUGUAGCAACCUUUAAAAACAUGAAAGAAUUCACAGUGGUUAAAAAAAAACAAAAACAAAAACCUGAACCUAAUAAAUGAAAUAGAGCUUUGCACUCCACAUACGUUUUUCCCACUAAGCUAUGUCACUGGGGCUUCAGUGACAUAGAAGAAAGAUUAGUAGAAACACUCCACCAUUAAAAUACUGGCUCCUUUUCAAAUUGUAAACCUGUUGUAUUCGAGAAUACAGAAAUAUAGGAAAUGAUUCACCACUUAAAAAUAAUACAUUGAAAAUUUUCAAGAAAUAUUACUGCUUAAAUCUUACAUUAUCCUUUCACUGUCUGAUUCAUAGAUGGGUCAUUUAGAAAACAUGUCUCAUCUGGUCUUAGUGUUUCAUGCUUGUAAUCCUACAACUAGAGUUAGGUAGAUCUUUCUUGAGUUUGAGGCCAUCUUGGGGCACAUAGAGGGACCAUAAUUAUGUAUAGAAACCCUGUCUCCAAAAGUACCUGAAAAGGGAGGGUUGGGAAGAUUUUUUUUUUCAGAGUAGUAGGGUUCAGUUCUCAGCACA